CAAAUAACAUUCAAAUAUAGCAAUAUACAUUAAUUUGAAAAGCCAAACGAUAGAGUUUACGGCAAUGCCAAUUGACAAAAUUCUUAGCAGUCGCCAUCAGCCACAGCGCUACAAUGCGCCGCGAAAGCGCGUGGAGAACGGCGAGGAGCGCAAUUCCAACUUUGCGAGCCCGAAUGAUGACUCUGACUAUUCCAUGGACUCGGAUUUGGCGAUUCUGCCGCCGCCGCGUCGUUCAGCUGCGAGCCGGCUGAAUUCUCGUCAAUUGUCCAAGAAUCGAAAUUUGAUAAUGAAAUGGAUCGUUUGCCUAUCGAUCAUAUUUAUGCUGCUGCUCUUUGUGCCGCGCCAUCACGUGGUCAGGGAAGUGAAACUCAAGCGCGCCGUUUCCAUACUCCUGUGGAACGAGGAGAGCUCCAACGAGCGCUGGUGGCGGUAUCAACAAUGCCACUGCACGGUGACCACCAAUCGCAAUUACACGGAUAGGCCCAUAGAUGCUGUCGUUGUCAAUGCAGAUCGAGCCUACGACGUGGACGGCCUGGAGAAGAUCGUGCGCAGCCCGAAUUUCUUGGUGGUAUUUGCGGCUAAGAAGCCGCUAAGUCUGGCCAAAAAUCCGCUGAGUUUACACGGUGAAUCCAUAUUCAACUACUCGAUGACCUAUCGCCCGGACUCGAAUCUGUUCUGGACAGACUACUAUUUCUCCACGUUGCAGCAUAUAGAUGUGCGGGUGCACAAGUUCACGGCGCCCGACAAGAAUUCCGCGAAAGAAAUGUCUGCACAUCUACGCUUCAAAUUGCAGCUCAAACAGCUUCUGGUGGUCUACAUGAUGUAUCCGGUGAACAAUUCCACGAUGCAGCAGAGCCUCUAUCUGCAGCAGCUGCGACAGCACAUCGAUCUGAGCGUUAUCGAGACCUGCCACGAAGCCAAUGAAUGCCUACCCUACAGAUUCAUGCUGAUCUUUGAGCCGAGUCGCUGUCCGGAAUAUGUGCAUCCGCAGUUCUACAUGGCGCUGGCCAACUUUGUGGUGCCCGUGCUGAUUGGUGGCGGCAAUCUCAGCGAACUGGUGCCUCCCGGUUCUUAUAUAAGCGCCGACAACUUCUCGUCACCUUUUGAACUGACCGAACACUUGAUGUUGCUGUCCUCACGGCCGGAAUUGUACGAGCAGUUCUUUUGGUGGCACUCCAUAUAUCAACUCUAUCAAAUAAAGCUUCCCUAUUGCGCUCUUUGUCACCAGCUGCGACAGGAGCAGCGACAGCGCCCACCUUACGAGUUCCUUCAAUGGUGGACAAUUUACCAGUGCCCGGACCCCAGAGACUUUCAGAUCGGGGCGACCAACUAAAGCGGGUCUUGCCAAGAAAAGGAUGCUCGUCGAGUAUUUUAGUCGAUUUUACGGCUCCAAAUGUAUCUAUGUAGAAUAGAGCUAACUGUUUAACCUAAGUAUAUGCCAAUUGUAUCGAUGAUUUUACUUUGCAAGACUUGAUUUAAAUCAAAAAUAUAGUCUUUAGUUUUGCGAGUGCAA